GUGGUGCACUCUUGCUACGGCAGCCUGUAAGACGCCCACAUGCAACUCAAACAGCCCCAACAACGCAAGGCAUAGUUGCUUUCUCUGACUUCUUGUCAUUUUCUGUUUGCAAUUUUAUCGGUGUAACUGUCAUUGGCAUCUACUUGUGGACUCUGUCAACAUCUCAGAGCCUCGCAUGAUACUGGAGGCUUGCUUUCGGUCUCUUGGUGCACAGCCUGGAUCUGACUGCAUCUCGCUCUCGCGCAUCGCAUCGCAUCUUCGCUUAUUCGCACCCCAUCAUCUCAGCCCCCAAAAACACACCAGACAUUGUCAAUCUGUAAGGCAACAUGGAGGGUAGGCAGCGGGGUGGCGCCCUAGCCGCUGCGACCGACCCCCCUAAUUGGCGAGUGCCCCCUGGUCGAGUGACCAGCCAAGAUGGAAGAUGGGCGCCGUCGUCGUCUAUCCCGGCCCGGGUUCAGGCCAACUCAGCCCUGCCUGCACCUUGUGUCUGCUGCGUCUCUACUUCUUUUCUGGAGCAGAAAAUUGUCUUACCUCUUCCCCAUGAAAUGCUAACGACCGCUACGAGGGGAACUAGGAUCUCUAGUUUGUGGUUGGAAGUUUGUUCGUUUGUCUGACCGGCGCCGCCCUCCAUCUCCAUCUUCCUUCCCCACGAUAUAAUGCCCCGUGAGCACCCACCGUCCGUCUCCCGCUGGUCACUUGACCACAUUCCCUUUCUGUCAUCACCCUCUCUGUCAUUUUCACUUUCGCCAUCUGGCUAUUCUUGGCUCUAUAUCGUCCUAGCCAUACCCGUCAUCAUGGCCGCCGGCCUCUUCUCCAUCCCAGGUUUGGGCGACAGGUUCGCGGUGCGGUAUCGAUCACGACAACAGAAACGAACAGAGCUGCAUAAACAGAGAAUGGGUUCGACACAGUUUCUCGGCUCCCAGGUGGGAGGAAGCUCCGUCAUCAGCUACUCUUACACCGAUUUUCCCUGGAAGCUGCUCGCAUGGGACAUUUACUACUUUUUCCAGUACAUCUGGGCUCUUCCGUGGAUCGUAUGGCCUAUCACCCCAGCCGAUUCGGGGGACCUCGAUGAGUUGGCUUUCACGAGGCAAAACCUCUUUUGCGUGGGAAUGCACCUCUUUCUCUGCGUUUUGCAAAUUGGCUUCAUCUUGGCUUUGCCGUUUGCCGUCUUAUUGCCUAUUUGGAUCGCCGGCCUCGCCUUCGGUGCCUUCUUCGCCGUCAAUUAUCUGCUCUGCUUAUUGCUGAACGGGCCAACCCUCACCUACACCUCGGAUCCCAAGUACGCACCUGAGCUACCAGAGCACGCUCACGAAAAAUGGAUCUUUUUGAAUGGAGUUGCCGUCGGGGACCACUGGAUGAAGAACAACCUGAACAGACUUGCUCUCACCUUUAAGCGGCCAAUCCUCGGUAUUCACAAUCAGACCUCGGGUAUCCUAUUUGAUGUUGUUGAAUGUCUCAUCCAACGGAACCUGGGAUACGCGACCUACGAUGUGAGAAUGUGCUAUCGAAUUGUCAAGGAAACGCUCUACAACCCACAAUACUCCAAGGUGGUCUUCGUCUUGCAUUCUCAGGGAGGCAUCGAGGGUGGUCUUGUUCUCGACUGGCUAUUGCAGGAAUUGCCACAAGAUCUUCUUGCCAAACUCGAGGUCUACACAUUUGGCAAUGCCGCAAACCACUUCAACAACCCCCAUCGCCACGCAAUGUCCCAGGCCCUCGCACAAAAUAACCCAGCUGCCAUGACUUUGACCACAACCAGCAUAACCCACGGCGACUUCGUGGACAGCCCCAUAUCGCCAAUCGCCAACAGCGGUCAACAACGUCUCGUCUCGAGUCACAGCACCGGAAGCAAAAGCGAACACAGCAACCCGCGCAUGCCCAGCCUCCCCAAAGAGUCGUCCUCCAUCUCCUCUCGAUCCUCAACGGCCGCACUGGACCGCGCCAUCGGCCACGUCGAGCACUACGCCCACACCACGGACUUUGUCGCCAUCUGGGGCGUCUUGCACUUUUGUACCUCCCUUACGGCGGACCACAGCAUGCCGCGCUUCAUCGGGCGCCUCUUUGUCAGGGCUUCGGAGCGCGGAGGUCACCAGUUCUGUCAGCAUUACCUCGACGGCAUGUUCCCUCUCGCAAAGGACCCGGAGACGGGCGAGUUUAUCGGCGCCGCGGAAGAGAGCGAGUUCAUGGAAAGCGAGAUCCAGGUCGGACGGCAGGGUGAUGCCGGAGCCAACGCGCGCGAGGCGUUUGAGGUUGCGUAUCUCGGUCGCGAUGUCAAUAAUGAGGUUGAGUUCCACGGGGAGCACGUCAAGGGACGGCAUAGGAAGAAGAUGGUCAAGGUGAAGGAUCUUUCGAGAUUGUGGCUGUACCGGAAUGGGCGCAGUCCGCCUGAGACGCCGCCUUAUUUGUAUACGGAGAAUGGGAUUGUGAGGAACGCCACUUUGUAGAUGAGUGAAUAUGGCUUUGUGAUUUGGUUGGUGCAGGUAGUUCUAUAGAAUGAUACCCUCUAGUUGUUAUUGCG